ACAGAAGAACUUGGUGACCGUUCCGAGAAGCAGCCUUCUCGCCACCCCGGCACUGCUCUCUCUGUCUCGGCUUCUCUAGCUUUCUCAAGGAAUUUCCGACCCAGGCACUCCCAGCUAACUGCACGGGAGUUGUAAGGCAGCCUGUGACAGAAACUGAGACAGAAGUUUCCCCUCAGAGGCCGCCUUUCCCCCACUGGCAAAGACUUCUGGCUGUCCUCAGAGGAACACCUUGUUGCUUAAGAUGAGUGGCUGUAGAAAACGGUGUAAACGUGAAAUAUUGAAAUUUGCCCAGUACCUUCUCAGACUAUUAACAGGUUCUCUGCAAACAGACAGCGUGGAAGAUGAGCUGGAGAUGGCCACCGUCAGGCAUCGGCCUGAAGCCCUUGAGCUUCUGGAAGCCCAGAGCAAAUUCACCAAGAAGGAGCUCCAGAUUCUCUACAGAGGAUUUAAGAACGAAUGCCCCAGCGGUGUUGUUAAUGAAGACACCUUCAAAGAGAUUUACUCACAAUUCUUUCCACAGGGAGACUCUACAACGUAUGCACAUUUUCUGUUCAAUGCAUUUGACACAGACCAUAAUGGAGCUGUGAGUUUUGAGGAUUUCAUCAAUGGUCUUUCCAUUUUGCUCCGGGGGACAGUACAAGAAAAACUCAACUGGGCAUUUAAUUUGUAUGACAUAAACAAAGAUGGCUACAUCACUAAAGAAGAAAUGCUUGACAUAAUGAAAGCGAUAUACGACAUGAUGGGCAAAUGCACAUAUCCUGUCCUCAAAGAAGAUGCUCCCAGACAACAUGUGGAGACAUUUUUCCAGAAAAUGGACAAAAAUAAAGAUGGAGUUGUUACUAUAGAUGAGUUCAUCGAAAGUUGCCAAAAAGAUGAAAACAUAAUGCGCUCCAUGCAGCUCUUUGAAAAUGUGAUUUAACUUGUCAAAUAGGUCCUCAAUCAAACAGACAAUGUGAACGAUUCUACCACUCACAGUUGGAGCUACUACUUUUAGCGUAGACUGCUCAGCUUCGCACUGAGGCACAUUAUGCAAACCAGCUUUGUUUUCCUAUGAAGCAGUCCCCAACCGAUCUGAGUUUCCCACUUUUAAAUUUGCAUCUUUUCAUUAUACCACUGAGUUCAUGGAUGGUCUAAGUCAUUUCAUACCCUGUGAAUAUUCAAAAGUAAUAGAAUCUGGCAUCUAGUUUUAUUGAUACUUCAGCCAUGGGAUUAUUGAGGCUUUCACAUAUCAGUGACUUUAAAAUGUUUUUUUUUUUCUAUUCACUUGUAUGCAUUAAACCCCAAGAUUUUAAAUGGUUUCCUAAAGUACUGGCAUCUGCAUUUAAUUUCCAGAAAUUAAUUUCUGUGUCUGUAUGCUGUAAUCCCAGUCACGUACUGUAAGUGCGCAAGGUCACCAAGUUCAAGAAAGCAAACCAUAGUCCCCGUUUCUACAGAUUGGCUGCCUUCUGUCAAAGACCUGCAUUUAGCUGGCAGUUUUGGUAAUAAUAUGAACAAAUUAGUUUAUCACCAGAUGUCAGCAUAUGCCUAACAGCUUAUUUAAUAAGCAUUUCUUAAUUUUCCAUAAAUACAUAUUAAACCAAGGCCUACAUGAUGUAUAUAAUUUUGGAUUUGUUCAAUCCUACAGGUUGACUGUUUUCUAUUGUCACUAAGGGGAAGUCCAAGAAGGUGUGACACAAAGUGAGGGUGUUUCUAGGCACAUGCGAAGGGUCAUCUGUCCUCCAGUACCCGGUAAUGCUUAAGAAGUUAUUUUUACAGCAAUAAAAGCCUAUUGCACCCCUUCCCCCGACUCCCUCGUGGCACCUAUAUAUUAUUACCUGCCAUCAGGGACAAGGAAGCCUGACCGCCCCAGUGCGUGCUGGGAAGAAACAGCAAGCAGAAGCCACUGUGAAAGCACCAGUGACUCCCUAUGGCCAGACCUGCAAUACUAUAAUUUAGUUGAAAAUGAAUAUAAGUGCUAAGCAACUUGUCUGGACUGUAUUAUGAUUUAUUUAGCUUAUCAUAAAACACCUAUAAUUCAGAUUCUUUUUAACUCUUUCAAGCCAAAUUGUAAAGUUGCCACAUUACUAAAGAUACACACACCCUCCCUGUUUUGCAGAAAUAUGACAAAGACCAAGAAGCGACAGUAGGAGGAAACUUAUGACUGUCUUUGCAACACUAA